AUGUCAGUAAGAAAGAAACCCUUUGGGAGAAAGUUUUCAGAGUGUUUGUAGCAAACACAAUUAGGAGGAAUUCUUAGAAGCAGCGGAGGUCGGCAACUGUGCCAGGAUAAUUGUUACAUUUUAAACACGAUGUCAUCCCCUGAGCAAAGUGAAAUGAGCCAGAAGGCACAUGUAGACAGGUAUGCCCAAUUUGUUUUAAAGCCCCAGAAACCCAUUCAGCCGUACAUCUGCUCGACUCUGAGUGAUUUUCAAGAAGAGAGAGACUUUCUGGCCGACUACAUCUUUCCUCAGCUUAACGAACUCUGCAAUUCCCGGGGCACGUAUUUCAAAGCCGUGGACCUGAGGUGGUCAGCGUUGAAGGCCCCGCCACCCUCACCCUCCAACCUGUUCAGACAGCAUUCUUGUCUCCACUCCCAGUAUCUGAAGCUCUGUCUCGACUAUGUGAACAGCUGUUUUCCUUUCUUCAUCUGCAUGCUGGGUCAGACGUACGGGGACUUCCUCCCUGGCCAUGUGCCUCUAAUGCUCUCCAGAGUGACUGACUUGUUCAGUUUAUCCACGGUAGAACAGAACCUCUACGUUGCUGCAAAAAAUGGUUAUCCUUGGGUCCUGGAGAAUCCCAACUACAGUUUGACGGAGUUUGAGGUCAUCCAAGCAGCAUUUCUGAAUGAGUCUCCAUUUCAGUAUUUUUACUUUAGGACUGGAACCAUGCUGCUGAAGACUUUAGAUGAGGAAAAGGAGGGGCUGUCCUUGGGAUCUCUGCUGACUGAUGAGGAAAAAUUAAAGAUUGGAAAGCUUAAGGCCAAGAUUAUUAUCAAAGGGCUCCGUGUCCGAUUUUAUAAAGAUCUCCACGAGUUGGGGGACCUGGUUUUCAAGGACUGGUCAGUUGUGAUAGAACAACUUUACCCAGCCACUUUAAUGAUCAGAAAUAUAGACUACAAACACAACUGUGAACGUUUCUAUCAUGAAGAGUUCGUGGAGAGGUGCAAAGGUGUUAUUUCCAAGGAAUCAAACAGAACCUUUGAAAUCUCGGAAAGAUUUGCCUUACAGGAUGUGGGAUCUGAUCGUAACAGUGCUGCAGCAGGCUCUGGGUUAGAUGCUGUCCUCAGAAUAAAUCCUCUUCCAGUUGACAAGUCUGUUUUGCUCUUGUCUGGAGAAUGUGGUUGUGGGAAGUCCACUCUGAUCGCCAACUGGGUGAAUUAUUUCAAAAAGAAAUAUCCGAGCAUGUUGGUGAUCCCUCAUUUUGUGGGCACCACCUGUGAAAGCAGUGACAUCAUGUCCGUGAUGCAUUGCUUCAUCACAGAAUUGCAGUUCAAAAACUAUGGUACUCAGCUUGAAACUGAUGUUCUUAACGAAGGCUCAAAUGUCUUGGUCUUUUCACUUCUUGUGGAAGUUUUCAUUGCUUCCAUCAAUUUAAAGCCAUGUAUACUUGUCCUAGAUGGAAUUGAAGAAUUGAUUGGCAUUUAUGGGAUUUUAGGACAGAAGGCAAAAGAUUUUUCUUGGCUGCCAUGCUCGCUGCCUCCUCAUUGCAAAUUCAUCAUGAGCACUGUCUCCUCCAGCCUGUCCUACAAGUUGCUAUGUGCUCGCCCAGAUGUGAGGACAGUGGACUUCAUUAGCAUAGGAGACAAAGAAGUGAAACUAAACAUCUUUAGACAGCAUCUCUCCAUUCCCAACAAAGACCCCCUCCAACAGAGCCAAUCCACUUUGAGGAAAAAAACAAACCCGAAUCCUUUAAAACUCACGAUCCUAGCGAAUGAACUCAGAGAAUGUAGAAUCUACCGAGAUGAGUAUCAGUGUCUGAAGGAGUACUUGGAGGUGGUGUCUGUUCAGGAGCUCUGGGAAUUGAUUCUGAAAUGCUGGAUUGAGGACUAUAGCUGGACUUUUACGCCAAAAAAGGCAAAUUCAGACACGGUGGCUUUAGGAGAAGCACCGGAUGGCUGGGUGGCCGACACUCUGUGCUUUUUGAGCAUCUCACAUUGUGGAUUGGCCGAGGAUGAGAUAUUCCAGCUUUUGGACAUGCUGGGCUACAGGGAUCACUACAAAGUGACCAUGUUGCACUGGGCUGCCCUCCGCAAUGCCAGCAGACAGUGGGUCCAGGAGAAGCCCAAUGGCCUCCUGUACUUCAGGCACCAGUCCCUGCAGAGUGCUGUGGAGCACAAGCUUCUUGGUGUGGUCACUCCUGUCAGAGAAAGCCGUCCAUAUACCUUUCAGAACCCAACAAAUCACAAGAAGACACAUUUCCACCGAAUCUUAGUUCAAUACUUCCAAUGGCAAACCACUUUCUGGAGGGUAUUUGAGGAGCUGCCGUGGCAUUUGAAAAUGAGUGGCUCCUGGGUGGGGUUGUGCAGCUUUCUGUCAAGUCCUAGUAUCACAGAUUCUGUAUCGAAGAUCCAAAACCUGAGCUUCUGGACAUGGCUGCACCUCAUCCACUACUGGAAUGUGUUAGCAGAAGUCGGGUAUGAUGCUGCUGGGGCCUAUUUACUCACAGUGGCCAAGGUUAAAGCUGAGAAGUGCCAUAAAAUGAGGAAGAGACAUACACUGUCAGUGCUGGAAUGCAGGCUUUUUGAGGUUACCACCAUGGACAAAUGCCGAUUAAUGUUCUUUAUUGCGAAAUUUCUGAAGCUUAUGGGCAAGAUCAAUGAAGCAGAAGGAUUAUUCUUGACUGUCGAGAACAUGUUAGUGCAGACCACUUUUGCUGCGGUGUGGAGAAUGGACUACAUGCGGGUGAGAGGGGACAUUGGGAGAUUGGGCAGAGUGCUGAACAACCUGGUGAAGUCAGCAAGUGAAAAGUACUUAAAAGAAAAUCAUAUUUUGGAAUGUGCUACUGAAACUUCCAGCUUUUUGGACAACAACCCCUGUGACCAGGCUACCAUGAAAUACACCGAAGGUGUUCUGAGAUUUACUGCUGGAGACACGUCUCUUGCAAAAAUGAGACUUCAAGAAUGCUUAAAUAUCAGGAGAAGUUUGUUUGGUGAGAAAAAUAUCCUAGUUGGAGAAAUUAUGGAAUUUUUAGCAGAUUUACUAUCUUUUCUACCGGAAGAGAGUGAAAGAUGCCAAAGGAAGCAAGCAAUUGAAUAUUAUAAACAAGUGAUACGAAUAAAGGAAAAUGCAGGGACUUUCACCAAUUCCUCACUCGUCAGGAAGCAGCUGAGCGUUAGCCUAAGUGACACCUUGUGUAAAUUAACAGGUCAGUUAUUCAUUAAUGACUCCGGUCAUCACGUCAUGACUGAAGCAGUGGGCUAUCUGUACAGAUCACUUGACUUAAGGGCGACCUACCUGGGAUCUUCUCAUUCGUCAAUCCAUGGAAUCCUGCAACUUCUGAGGGAAAUUGAGUGGAUCAGGAGUAGAAGAUGUUGGCCUCAAGGCAUGAGUCAGCAAUAUUUCGAGGGUUCUAGGAAUGGCACCUCAUUAUGGGAGUACUUGCUUAAAUUAGACUACCACAGUGCUCAGAGUUCUAAUACAGUGAGCUCUGCGAUAUGCAUGAAUGCACAUAACCUACAGAGAGUUAAAAGCAUGGACUUGGCACCUCAUAUAAUUUCAGAGAAAUCAAAAUGUGCUUCUGGAAAAGGGAAAAAAGUCUCGAGACCCAUCGUUUCCAUUUCUGUUGAGGAGAAGACCCGACAGAAGACACAGGAUAAUGUGGAGCCGUGGACUGGCCCAGGAAAAGGAGGUUCAAUGAAAAAGAAAGAUUAUUCCUCUAAGGUUUUAUCUUUGGGUAAAAUGGAUGGUGUAGUAAAGGUUUCACGGCAAAAGGUUUUCUCAGCUAAAGGUGAGGGUGGAAAAGGCCAAAUCACCACAAUUUACCGGCAUCCCUUGGCAGGAGGGUCUCUUAGCACAAAUAAUCCCUGGGAAUCCAUAUCUGAGCUCAUAUCAGAAAAGUGGCUUUUUCAUAGCCCAGAAUACAGUUCGGUUCCCCAGAAGAGUUUUUUGCAGGGAAGAUCUCAGUUUGAAAAAUUGUUGAAGACCUCAAAUGAUACUAAUAAAGUAUAA